AUGGGCUCUUUGUGCUCACGAGAAGACGGCGGAGAAGAGGAUCCGGAUGCUCAGCGACAAGUCGUCAAGAGCAAAAAGGUACAGUUUUUGGCUAAAGAAAACCCCCAAUUUUUAACCAACUCUUUUCCAGCUAGGCGAAAUCAUCCACUUCUUCAUGUUGGGCAUCGAGGGAGCCGGCAAGACGACUAUCAUCAGACAGCUCAAGUGUCUUUGCAUGCAGAAACCACAAAGCUAUCAAGUGACUAACUAGCCCAUUUCACACCAGCAAAUUUGACCUUUUGGGGGAAUUGUAUGGGGGAAAAUGAGUCAUUUUUUGGAAAAUUUGAAGAGAAAAUAGCGAAAAAUGUGUGCCUAUUGGGAAUUUUCGAUCGAUCAGGUUUCAAGACCACAAAAAUAGAGCGAAACGGUUGCAGAUGUACGAUGAGAGCUGGAAUCUGAUCAAUCGCGAGAAAAUCUUCGACGAGCACGAGUUGAGCGGCCUCAAAAACGUGGUGCGCAUUAAUUUGCUCACCGCGGCGGCGGCGCUGAUCCGAAAGACGCGCGACAAGGACGAGGAGUCUUUGCGGAAUUCGGAGCCGGCUGCGGCGAUUCUCCGAAAAUGCACGCAGCUCUACGAGGGCGACGUCGACAUUUACGAUCAUUCGAAUCAGAUUGAGGACGAGUACGGCGCGUCGAUCAUCGAAAUUCUGACGGAUCCGAAAGUUUUCCGAUGGUUGGAACCGGGGACCGCAGUGUCCGGACUCAAGAUCGAGGACGGAACUCGGUACUUUUUGAAGGACGAAGGACGCAUCCGGAACAUUUUCUCCGAUUCGUAUCAGUUGACCAACGACGAUAUUGUGCACGUGCGCAAGCCGACAGUCUCGUUCAAAAGUUACAGAUUUCGGAUCAAGCAGCUGCGCGUCGAGAUUCACGAUAUGGGCGGACAGAAGAGCGAAUUGGUGAGUCGAAAAUCUCAGUUUUUUACUAGGAAAACAAAAUUCCAGGUGAAAAUCCCGCAAUUCAUGCGCCAAUUCCUAACGACCAGCGGCUACUGUUUCCUGCUCUACGUCUCCUCGCUGGCCGCAUUCCAGGAGCCCGACAAGGACGCCAAAGGCCGAACGGUUCUCGACAAGAGUGCCGCCAUUUUCCGGGUAUGCACAAUGUAAAAUUCUUCUCAAAAAGCCAAAUUUCCUCUUGUAGAAUGUGCUAAAUUUGGACGGAGUGGACGAGUGUACGCCCAUGAUAUUCUUCAACAAACAAGAUCGAUUCGAGGAGAUUUGCCGCGAAAUGUUGUUGAAUGACGACGGCGAGAAGAAGCGGCAACUCGAAAAGUUGCUGGGAGUGCAGCCGAAAACGCAGAAAGAAGGCGAGCAAAAAAAGCUCGUAAAUCCUGUUCGUUGCUUUGGCGGGCACUCAAAUUAUUUAAAUGUUUAAGACGGGUCUUGCAACGAACAUGAUUUACCAGCUGGAAACAUUCCAGUUUCUUUGA